UUCAUUUGGCUCCCUUGUGCCUAUGUACCACGAUAGGACCCGGCCUCAUACUAUUUCCCACAGUCCCAGUCUCCUUCCCAGCCACUCCCAGUAUCCCCCUCGCUCUUCAACCGAUCGGUCUCAUUGUCAUCCACGGACUUCCAAUCUCCCUCGUUUCCCAUGCCCGCUUCCAGUCCCAGUCUCUCCCCAGCGCAACUCUCUGGCUUCCCCUCCAGUCUCAUUCUUCCUUCUACAUGCUCUUUAUCUGAACCUGCUCUCCCUCUCUCUUACCCCAGGUCCAGCUCUCGUCUCCUCCGCAUUCAAAUCCAGCAGCUUUCUUGGCUCAUUUUGGGGAGAAUCAUCGAGCGCACAGGAGAAACAGGUUCCACGGUCUCAGUUCUGGUGUCUGGACCCAGCCUGGAGCAGCCCAGAGCUACAAUUGUACGGAAAGUCUUGCUCAGCACCAGGACGGAGCAUUCUCAGUGCAAAUGGAAACUUCAGCAACUAUAACUCUGAAGCUCUACAGCCACUGGGAAGCGACUCGGGACCGCCGAAGGCGGCAUCUGGACAGUCGGUCUGGCAAGACGUCAGUACCCCGGAAGGGCCGAGUCACGAAGUCCCGGAGAGUGAGAGGGGCUGCAGCGUGAGUGAGCGACGGAAGGGGGCACUAAAGGGCAGGAGAGCUGAUCCCACAACUUGGCCACGAGGAGGCCCAACAGUGAUUGCCACGUCGGGUCCCAGCCGAUAGGAAGCGAUGAAUUCGUCCAGAUCGGCACAGUCGAAGUUACACACCUGCCGAGACCCGAGAUGUAUUUUUUUUCCCCCCUGGAAUUUAAUUAUAAUGUUUCCUGCUCGUAGUAUAAUUGGAUGGCACUUCUCGGCGGCUUUAAACUCGUGCAGGUCAAAACCUAACAGAGCGGCCGGAUGUCGGUUAAUAGAUUCCAAAGCCGCAGCUUUGUCCGGUUCCCUGACGAGGGCUCACUUUGGGACCGGCGGCGGUAAAAAAGACACACAACCCCCAGUAGAUAUUUUCAAAGCCGGCUAGAGAUUUAUCUGGACAGUUGGGUGGAUAUUCAAAGUUAGACUGGUAAAUAAUAAAACCAAGCCUUAGAUGGGAUAUAAAAAGCCCUACUUCUGCGUUGAACCAGCCCCUAACUCUUAAGGUUCGGGUGGGGGGGGCGGUUAUCCCACAUCUUACUAGAUGGAUCACGGGGCCAAUCCCGGCAUUUCUUAUGUCGAACGUAGGAACACGAGAGCAACAUCCAGAUGGAUAAAUUAAGUAAGUCCUGCAAUAAGCUGAAUUGUUUAGGUGAGCACUUUGUUCCCUGGUUCCACGAUGGAAGAAAAGUUCUUUCUAUAAAUAGUUAAAUAUGCCU